GAGGGUGGGUCAGACUGAGGUGCGCGUCCUUGCGUCUGUCAGCAAGGAGCGGCUUUUAGCGCUAAGCUCCGCGCUAUCGGUCUGCAAAGCGCGCGGAGGGGUGAAGCGUAGCUGCAGCCUGGAGUCGCGCCGUUGCUUUGCACGGGGUUCUGAGAAGCAGCGCUGCACAACUACCACGCGAUUGCGUGGCGUGUUUUUAAACCUUCUCUUAACUGGGCAGAAAUGUGUUACAAUAGGACCUGAUGUUAGAAGCCGGCAGCUGGCUCAGGAAGCUUGCAAGGUCGUCAAAUACUUCGCUAUAACCACUGCUACGUUCAAAAGCACUGUUACCACCUAUUCUGUAGAGGGAAAAGCCUGGUCAGCAUGAGCUGGGUUGUGGAGGAGUGGAAAGAAGGGCUGUCCCCACGAGUCCUUCAGAAGAUCCACGAGCUGGAGAGUCAGGUAGACAAGCUGAAAAAAGAACGUCAGCAAAGACAGUUCCAGUUAGAAUCUCUGGAGGCAGCUUUGCAAAAGCAGAAACAGAAGGUUGAAAAUGAAAAAAAUGAAACUGCAAGUCUGAAGAGAGAGAACCAGAGCCUGAUGGAAUUGUGUGAUAGUCUUGACAAAGCAAAGCAGAAAAAUUCACACGAUCUUCAAGUAAAAGAAUCUCAAGUCAACAUUCUGUCAGGGCAGCUGAGUUCCAGCAAAAAAGAAAUUGAAAGAUUAGAACAAGAACUGAAAAGAUACAAAUGUGAGCUUGAGAGAAGUCAGCAGUCACUGAUUGCAGCAGACUUGUCGUUCAGUGGUACUCCACAGAAAAGUUUUACUGCUCCUUUAACGCCAGUUCAAAGUCACAAUGAUGCUAAGUUUGAAGAAUUAGAAGAAAAAUAUAAGAAAGAAGUACAAGAAAGAAAGAAGCUGGAGUUAGAACUGAGAACCAUCCAAGCUAAGAAAACAAAUCAGCCUUAUCUUCAACAAAGCUCUUUGAGUCACAGGGAGAUCGCUCGGCAUCAGGCUUCUUCAUCUGUGUUUUCAUGGCAACAAGAAAAAACGCCGUCUAGAAAUCAAGAAACUCCUGCAAAAAGAACUUCUUCAACACCCUAUUUUCCAUGGGAAAAAGAAGCCAAUUUGAGUAUAAUAUCAGAGAAGAGCAAGCUUGACAACAGCUUUUCUGAGGAUUGUAACUCUUCACUCAUCAUCCAGCUAAGAGCCCAGAACCAAGAGCUAAAUUCCAAUGUCAAAGACCUAGAACAACAACUGCAAGCUCUAGAAAAAGAGAAGAAAUCUCAUAUGAAUAAGCAUCAAGAGGUUGAACUUCAGCUGGAUGGAACAAAGCUGGAAUUAACGGAGAAGAAUAAGAUCUUGAACAAAACCAGAGAUAAACUGACUCAGAUGAAGACACAGUUUGAUCAGGCUACCGCACAGGUCCAAGCAAUGGAGCAAAAGAUGAAAAGAUUGUCAGAAGAACUGAAUUGUCAAAGACAAAAUGCUGAGAGUGCUCGUCAGUCCUUGGAACAGAAAUUAAAAGCAAAGGAAAAGGAAUACCAAGAGGAGCUUUCUUGUCAGCAACGUUCCUUGCAAAAGCUGGAUCAGCAGAACAAUGAUGUAAGAAACAAACUGAAUCAGGAGCUACAGCAAGCCAAAAAUGACUUCAAUGCUCUGCAGGCAGAAUUUGACAAAGUAAUGGCAGUGAAACGACGUUUGGAACGUGAUACCAGUGAUCUUACCCAGAAGCUGUGCAGAGCAGAACAGGCUUUGCUAGCAGCCCAAGCUAAGGAAACGGAUCUCACAAGAACUUCUGAGGAAGUGAAGAAGGAGAAGAAUCUUCUUGAUGUACAGUAUGAAAAAAAACUGCGAGAAAUCCACCAGCUUGAAGAAGAACUAGGAGCAGUCAAGCAAUCUCUAAAGCAGAGCCAGAAUUUUGCAGAAGAGAUGAAAAAUAAGAAUACUUCUCAGGAAGCAGAGCUGAAGUUACUAGAAGAGAAAUUUAUGAAGCAAGAGAACUCCCUUUCCUUGGAGAAACUGAAACUAGCCUUAGCUGACAUGGAAAAGCAGCAACAUUCUACUGAUAAUCUGCUCAAGGAGAAAGAAAAUCAUAUUAAAGAACAAAACUGUAAAAUAAGUAAAAUGGAGGAAGAGUUGGAAGCUUUGCAGAGGCUCCUUGGAUUUAAGCAGAAAGAAUGUGAAGAAUUAAAGAAAGAAACAAAUGUUUUUUCUCAAUGGAGAAAUGAAAAUGAUCAUGUUAUAAAUAAACUUAAGUUGGAAAAGGAAGAUAUGCUGAUUCAUAUUAGUGACUUGGAGAGUUCCCUCCAAAGCCAGCAAAUUGAAAAUCGUGAACACAGUGAGAAAUUCAAAAUAAUGGAAACUGAAAGAGACAGGAAGAACAUAGAAAUCAAAGAGCUCAGAGACAUGCUAGGAUGUAAAAGUGCAGAAUUAGAAGAACAGAAAAAAGUUUGUGAUGAACUUCGACAAGAAGCAGAAUGUUCCAACAAAAAGUACUGUAAAGACAUAGAAAAUAUGUCCUGUAAAAUAUUACAGCUUACCAACCAAGUUAGUGAGCUAGAAGAAAAGAUACAACUACUAGCAAGUGAAGGAUUGCAAAGGGAGCAAUGUUAUCAUGAACUGCUUGGUGAAUAUGAAAAAAUCUGCUGUCUUGUGAAAGCAAAAUAUACUUCUGAAAUGACAGAAGAUAGAGGUGAUUUACAAAGUGGUCAGGAUGAAACUGUUCUAGAUAAUAAGCAACUAGCAGCAAAUAAGCCUGUUGCCAAGGGUCAUGGAUGUGCAAGAGCACUGCUAGGAAUAGAAAAAAUGAAGGAUCUGAUGGUCUUACAGGAUCAGAUCUCUUCUCUUGAGAUUUCCCCAAUGGUUCAAAAGCAGCUGAACUCAGAUCAACAGCACCAGGAUGAAGACUUACUGCAAACUGAGAGUGAAACAGAUGGAAGAUUAUGUGAUGUAAAACAGAGGCAUGAAAGCUUUGUAACAGAAACUAACCAGCACAUUAGUAACUUUCAAGCAGAUAUUUCAGCACAUCAGAAAUCUAUUAGAAAAACAGUCACUAUUAUUGAGGAAAAGGACAUGGAACUGCAAUCUCUGAGAGAGAGACUGAAAACCCAACAAACAGAGCUUCAGGAAUUAAAGGUCAAUAAUAAAUUCCUUGAGGAUUCAGUAAGACAGCUGAAGCUCAUGUCUGAGGCAUGGGGUUCAGAGAAGAAGGGCAUGUCUUCAGUGAUUUGUUCAUAUAGCAAAGAAAUUGAGGAACUUACUGAAGAAAAUGCAACCCUUAAGGAUUUAAGCAGAGAUUUAGAACAAAACCAAAUAACUCUACUGGAAGCAAAUAGAAAUAUUUCUAAUAGUUUAAAGGAAAAAGAAGAAAUAAUUUCUGAAAUGUCCAGAAAACAUGAGGAGGAAAAACAAUGUAUGGAAGCAAGAACUGAAGAAAUCUCAAGAGAGCUGAAGAUUUUGCAAGCACGGUAUAAACUGGUAGAAGAAGAAAAUGUAAAUGUGAUGAGCAUUCUGAGAGAACAGACCAUUGUAUUUGAGGCAAAGAAAGCAGAAUUAGAACAAGAAGAGAAAUUGGUACUUAAUGAAAAUAAAGAUAUAUUACAUAAGCUAAUAGCCUCAGAAGAAAUAAAAAAAAAUUUGAUUCAAGAACUUCAGCAACUGCAGUCAGGCUUUUCUGACAUUGAACAUGUGCCCUCUUCUGAGCUUGACUGUUUAAAACAGGAAAUGUCAAAUGUCAAGGCAACACAAAAUGCAAUUCAAGAGCAACGUAGUAUUGUGUGUAUCCAAGGUAGGGAACAAUUGGUGAAAGAACUAGAAACAAAAAGUGAACCUCUAGUGUGUGACUCUGGUUGUGAAAGGAGGCUCUGUUCAGACCAGUUGAGGAAGACAAUGGAAGAAAAGGAUAUAGAGUUGAAUAAAUACCAAGUUAAUCUUGAGCUUCUUCAAAUGGAUUUGGAGGACAGAGAGAUCUCCCUGGAGAACUACAGGUUAGAAGUGAUGCAACUGAAGACUGCUUUAAAAAAGAUGGAAACAGAACUUGAGAAAAGCGCGAGAGAGAAAGAGACACUGCAGCAAGAACUGCUGUCUGUUAAAGAAUUGAAAGCUUCAUAUUCUCAGCUUAGAUUACUAAGUGAAGAUAGCCAGUUGGAGGAUAAUGAUGAUGAUGUUUCUCACAGUUGUGACAUAAGAGGAAUGGAUGAGUUGGUCUUGUCAUCCUCUUUGCAAGUAAUAACAAACAAACUGAGUGAACUGGAGAAAAUCUGUGAGAGAUUGCAGAAUGAGAACAUAGCAUUUGCUUCUGCAUGUAAAGAUUCAAAAACCGAUGGCACAGAUAUUAAUAAAGUGGCAGAGGAGAAAGAGAACAUAAUCAAUACAAAUUUAAGAACUGAGAAAGCUGCUUUUCAAGAUGAACUUAUGAAUCAAAGUGAUAACAGUGAUUUGAGAAUGGAUAGUGGCAAUAAGGAAAUAUUCAGAUUUAAAGAACGCAGUACUGGAUCCAGUUCUGACUAUGAAGACUUAAAAUUGUCCAGUGAAGAAGUAAAAAUUCACUUUGCAGAAAUAAAAGAGAAGUUAUUCUCUUUCCAGAAUGAGCAUGUAAAAUUAUAUGAACAACAUUGUAGUAUGGUAUCAAAGAUAACGGAUCUACACUCUUGUAUUAAAAUACUGAAGGCCGAAAAUUCUGCAUUGUCAGCAAGUAUGAGCAGUCUUCAUAUAGAUUCUCUGAAAAUGCCACUGUCUUCUAGCCAAAAUAAGACACAGUCUAAAUUAGAUGAAACUAAGUCUACAAACUCUUUACUGGAUGUCACCUUCUCAGAAGUAAGUAAGGUACAAGAUAAUUCUUGGAAUGGCGGUGUGUGCAAAUGGACAGAGGAAAUUAAUCAUCUGAAAAGUUCUGUAGAAGGAAUUUCAGAAGAUGCAGCUAAAGAUUUGAUUGAAAAUGAUCAUAGCGGUCACAUAUUGGACUCUGUUAAAGAGUUCAGAAGUAGUACUCCUAGCAAAUCUAAUCCUGAGGACAGAAUCAAAGAACUUGAAAUGCUAUGUCAGAUAUAUGAGAAGGUCAUCAAGGUGCUCCAAAAUCAACUUCAUAUUCAAGAAAAUAUGAAAACUGAGGAAAUACAGGAGAUGAAAAAUAUUAUGCUUUCUGAGAGAAAAGAAAUAGAUAAACUACAAAAUCCGUCUGAUAAGAAAGAAUGGCAGCAGAAACUGAAUUACCAGACUACAGAGAUGGAGUGCAAAUUGGCAGAAGAAGGAAAAACUGAGAAUCUGUCUUUUGACCUUACAACAGCAAGUCUCCAAUUACAAGUCCUUAAUUCAGGUUCUCUCUCACUGCUAUGCACUGAUACUGAAAAUGCCACUCAGCAAGAAAACAAUGGUCUUUAUCAACUGGGAGUGCCUGUUGGAACUCCAGCACUGAGAAACAACAAACCAAAACUAAUCCCCUUGGAGAAAAUGGCUGUAGGAGAAACAGCUGUGCAUGAAAAUACUACGGAGACCACUGAAGCAAAACUAGUAGAAGCUUAUUCUGACAAGUUUCAUAGAGGAGAACAAUGUAGAAAUAUGUCAGAUAAAAAUGCCAGCUCUUCACAUCACGAUAGCGCACUGUCAUUUUCUAAUAGCAGUUUAUCUUUAAGUUCAGAGGAUUUCUUUGAAAAUGAAAUAAGCACUAAAACUUAUCAAGAAGAGAUAAAACAAAAAACUGUUCAAGAUUCAAAGCUGAUCUAUGCAACAGAAGGCCAUAAAAAUGUUGAUUUUCUCAUGGAAGUCAAGGAAUUAAACUCACAAGAGGGCUUUCAGAAUGCACAGUUAACUCUGGAGAAAUCAGCUUCAAUGGAAUUGGAAGAAACUGCUGUAGAAAAGGAAGAAAACAGUGGCAUAAAGGAAAACCUGGAAUCAGUUUCUGUCAAUAAACAGCAGUUAUCUCAUGGAGUAGUGUCUUCAGAAAAAGAAUCUGAGAAAAUAAGUUCUAAGCACAAUAUAAAUAAAAUUAGUUUGUCUAAUACAACCAACACACUGGAUAAUAUUGAAGUGACCAAGGGAGACUGUCAUGAUCUAUUUCUUGGAGAUGAAAAUGAGCAGAGGCAGACAAAAUCUGAGCAAGUUAAUAUGGAGAUGCAUGCCUUGUUUGUAGAGGGUAAUGCUGAAAUUCUUUGGGCAAAGUGUCAGCAGUUAGAAGGAGACAGGGAAAUUAACCUGAAAACUAUUCCUAGCCUUCAAGAGCAGCUUGUUUCAGUCACAUCUGAGAGAAACCAUAUUGAUCAAGAACAUUGUGUUCUGUCUGAAAACAAAAAAGAAUUAGAUCAAGAGUAUCAGAAAUUAAAAGAGUUAGAAACAAAAAAGGAGGAUUCUGCCGAAAUCAUUAGAAGAUUAGAGAGUGAAGUAAAGAUACAAACAAAUCUGCUUGAGACUGAAAAGUCUGAUACAGAUCAACUAUCAGAUGAAAAAGAUCACCACCCACAAGAGUUGCAAAGUUUAGAAAAGGAUGCGUUGUCUUUCAGGUUGAAAGAAGAAAAACUCCAAAACCAAGUGGCAGAUUUGAACAAGGAGAAAGCAGUGCUUAUGAGAGAAUCUGCGAUGAUGCAGAGUAAACUGAGUGCAUUGGAAGUUGAAAAUUCAAAGCUUUCCAGAUAUUUGGAUGGCUUGAUAACAGAAAAACGUGAACUUGCUGCUAGACUGAACUCAGCACAGAAAGAAGUAAAUCAAAUGCGAGAAGGAAUGGAGAAGCUGAAAAUAAAAAUUGAAUCUGAUGAGAGAAAAAAACACUACAUUGCUGAAAAGCUGAAGGAGAAUGAACGGAAAUCUGAUGCUCUUUUGGAUAAAGUAGAGAGGCUUGAAAGAGAAUUGGAGAUGUCAGAGGAAAAUCUAGAAGAUGCAGUUGUCCAACUGGAGACUGCAAAAGCAGAGGCAGAGACAUUAACAGCAGAGAAGGAAGAGAUGGCUGAAAACUUGAAAUGUCUUCAGUCACAAAUCAACGAUCUCACCUCACAAAAAGAGUGUUUGGCUAAAGAUUCAAAGGAUAAGCAAGAAAGGAUCCUUGAACUGGAGUCUUCAAAUUUGACUAUAGCAAAACUCAUAGAAGAAAAGGAGAAAGAAAAGAUGCAAAUUAAGGAUGAGUUUGAAAAUGCUGUGUUAUUGUUGAAAACUGAGCUCAAAGGUAUGAGUGAGAAAUUAGAGUUUUCUUCCAAGGAAGAAGCAGUUGCUAGAGCAAAAGAGCAAGUUUUGAUUAAUCAGGUGGCUUGUCUUGAGCAAGAUAAAACAAUGCUAUUACAGGACUGUCAGGAAUUAAAAAAUGAAAAUAUAAAGUUGAAUCACACAAGGGAAUUACUUGCUAUAGAAGUUAUGGAAUAUAAACAGAAGCUGGAAGAAAAGAUACAGGAAAAUCAUGCUUUUCAACAGCAGAUAAAAGAAUCGGAGGAACUGUCUUCACAGUUGACACGCAUGGAACACGAGCAUGAAUGCUGGCACCAGGAAAAACAAAAGAUGCAGGAUUUAAUUGUUGAGUUGAAGCUGAAGGCACAACCUUUUUCUGAUAAUGGAACCUUUCCGGAUAUCCUGAAUAUUCUAAAAGUGUCCUAUAAUGACCUUCAGAAGGAGCUGGAAUCUACACUCUGUGAAAAGACUGCUUUAUGUAAAAAGGUAAAUGAGCGGACUGAAAAUUGUAUCGAGCUGGAAGUCAAGCUAAGUGAUGCUGAACAGGCAAUUUCCAAAUUACAGGAAGAAUUUACUACGGAGAGGAAGAAGCUUGCUGAACAAAUACAACUCCUUCAAGAACAUUCAGAACAGAACAAAAUUGAGUUGCAUUUAGUUGUGUCAGAAAAACAUGAACUGACAAAGAGUUUGGUGGCAGUCCAGAAAGAACUACAAGAAAAAGAAAAUAUAAUGAAAAGAGAAAUAUCAGAAUACCAAGACAAACUACUUCAAACAGAGAGAGAGCACCAGAAUGCUUUAAAGGAAGCAAACAGAGAGAAUGAAAUACAAAUUGAGGCCUGUCAAGAAAAGAUGAAUUCAUUAGAACACUUUAUCAGCUCACAAAAAUUGGAGAUUGAGCAUCUGAAGUCAACUAAAGAAGAAUUAAAUAAUUCUCUUAAAGAAGCUAAUCAGACCUUAGGAGAACUCCUAAAACUUAAGGUUGACAAUAUUAAUGCUAUAGUUCAACUAAACAAGGAAAAAGAAGUUAUCCAGAGUGAAGUGCAGCUGUGGAUUAAAUCCUGUAAGCAGAUGGAACAGGAAAAGGAAGUGUUGCAGAAACAAUUAGCUGACUAUGAAGAACUACUAAAGAAGAAAGAUCUAAGUGUGUCAGAAAAAGAAGGUACUGAUGAGAGUGCCGUUAUGGAAGAAAUUAAGUUAGAACUGGAAGAAUUACAGGAAGCCGUGGAAGUGAAAACCAGAGAGGCAAAUGAGAACUUGGAGAAAUACUGCUCUCUAAUUGUUAAAUACUAUAAACUUGAAGAAGCAAAUGAGAUGCUAAAAAUGCAAGUCACUUUGUUGAAUGGUCAGCUGAAACAGCAAACAAGUGAUGCUGUCAGCAGCUCUUUGCUGAAUUCAGGUAACUCAUCGACAGUGGGCAGUCAGUCUGACAAAGAGAUGAGAUGGGAUGAAGAUACUACUAAGCCUUCUACUAAAAGACAGAGAUGUGAAGACACCAGGAAGGAAAAUGGAGAACCAAGAUCUCCUUUGCCAGAGACUAGCUCAAAAAAGAAGAGGAAGGAUGAUAUCUGUCAAAACUUGGAGAAUCAGGAGAACUCAGACUAUGAGCCAGAUGGGCUUCCAGAAGUAGUUAAAAGAGGUUUUGCUGAUAUCCCCGUUGAAAGGGUUAGCCCUUAUAUUUUACGUAGAACCACCCUCAAUCUAUGGACCAGUCCUCAUCUGGCUUCCCAAAAUGAGAACUUACCCAUACCUACACAAGAUGUACAAACAGGAAGAUGGGAUCAUCUUGGUGAGCACUCCUAUUCGACACCUGGUGGCAGCAAAUCACAAAAGAUAAAUGAAGAACAACAGUCCCAAGCAAGAACAGCUUUUUCACCAAUGAAAUCUUCUUCAAGGUCACCUCUUUGGCCAUAUAAGCCAUCCACAAAUAUUGUCUCUGACAAUAUUAGGGAGACUCAUAUGAUUCACAAAGCCAAAAAUUCCCAAAAUGAACAAGCACUACCCAAGCAAGAUCAACAACAAGAAAACUGUAAGGUGCAGUAAAUCUGUGUGAAUUUAAUUACAGCUCAGCACAACUGAUCAUGAAAAAACAAUUUUUCAAGUUUUUCAAAUAAGUACCAGAACUACACUGGACAGCGACAUUUUUUUUCUGAUCAAAUAGUUAGCAAUAUCCUUCAGGUCUUGUUCUUGAAUAUGCACUAAUAGUUGCGGAGUCAUAAUGGAACUAAAAUUUGUAGAAUGAUUAUGAAAGAACAGAUCUUCCGUGGAGUCUUGUGUAAAUAAUUCUAUACAAACUUGUAAAAAGAAAUUAAACCACUAAACCAAAAAAAGGACUGCAUGUUGCCUUGUAAUUCAUUGUUGCUGUUCAUCCUGUGUACAAAAGGGUGAUUUACAAAUGGUAAUUAAGAUCACUUGAGCAUCUCUAAAACUAUUAGAUUCCAGGAAAAAUGAGACAAACGCUGUCUUAUGAUUCAAAAUGAGGCAGUGAUUUCAUUUGCAACUGCAAAUGCG